AUGGAUAAUUCACAAGUUAAUUUAAUACAUUAUGAGAAUGAUAGAAACUGGAUAUUAUGGCGUAAUUCUACGCUACUUUUAUUGAUUCUUUGUACUGGUAUUUUUAUAUCCAUUGAUAUUUAUACAAUAUCUGAUAGAAAGUAUGGAAUUGGUGAGUCGUCAGUAAUAAUUAAGAGAACAAUUAAAAAUAUUAUUGAAAAAGACAAAGAUAGUAGUACAGUGGAUUUCAUGAAUGAUCAAUCUAUACAAUGGAAUAUUAAUGAUGAUGAUUAUAAUAAAAUGAAUGAAACUUUAAUAAGAUCUCACUAUUCAAAUCCUUAUAGAUUAAAAAACUACAUGAAUAGUAUUACAAAAACAUGUUUAAAUAUGGAAUCUAUUGAUUGGAAUAUGAUGUUAUGGAGAGAUAAAGGAAACGUUUAUAAUGAACAACAUAUACGAUUGGCCAAUAUAAAUGCUAAAGGCGCUCAUCUUUUCAGUGAAGAUCUAAAUCAAUUGAAGAAUCAAAUGUCUUAUAAAAAAGAAGUUACUCAACAAUUUGACAAUCUAAGUUUUCUAUUAGCAUAUCCUUCUGGGAUUAGUGUCCACAUUAAUGUAAAAAAUAUCAGAUUACUGCCAGAAUAUGAAGAUGUUGAACAUUUAGCUAGUGAUAAUGGAAUUGUUAUGGAUCCUUCAAGAAAAUCGAAUAUGCAACAUUGGCGUAAACCACUUGAGACAAUCAUUAAAACAGCAUGUCGGUAUCCAUUACCUAAACAAUACUAUUUGGCUAUGCAUCCUUAUUUAGAUCGACAUACAACUGCUAAAAGACGUGUAUGCCAACCAAAUAAUGUUAAUUCUCGUUUAUGUCCUGCUAAUUAUCCAAGUGGAUAUAUAUUUUAUGAUCGUUCUAUAAAUGGACAAUGCACACAAAAUAAAGCUUCAUAUCUACCUCCUCAACUAAAUAGUUUUUAUUGUACAAUCAAUUCACCAUUGGUCAAUAAAUUAUUUCAAGAAAACAUUAUAGAAAGUCAAUCAUACUUAAAAGAUAUGCACUGUGAUACACAACGACGUAUUUGUCAAACAUGUUUAAAACAAUCAUGUUUCAGUAGUAAAACUGAAGUGUUUUCAGAGACAAAUUUAAAGAAAGUUCAAAACAAUUUACUUAGUAAUCAUGGUGAAGUCGAAACUAAUCAUGAUUUUAAUGAAGAAAUAUUCUAUGGAAAUUUAUUGCGCGUUAAUACUAUUGAACAAAAUAUCAGGCAAGCUAAUGAUCCUGACUGUUGUGGUAUUAAAUGUUAUUCCAAUCCAAGUUGCCUUGAUUAUUUUGGUUCCCGUUGUGAGAUGUAUACAAGUAGACAUUCGAAUGCAACUGAGAUAUGUUUACAAGGUAAAACACUAAAAUUUACUUUAAAUCCUGAAUUUGACUUUACUAAUGGGACUUAUAUAUGUCAUGUUCGACAUCGUCCUCCGAAAACUAUAUACACUAUUGAAACUUGGUUAACUCUUGAAAUUCAAGGUUUACCAAAAUUAGUAUGGAGUAGUCUUCGUUUAAAAUAUAACAUUCAAUUAAUGAAUAACGGAAAACCUUCAAGACAUAAAUCAAACAAAGUGAAUUAUUAUAUUCAAACUCUGGAGCAACGAUUUCUAAAACAUGGUAUUUUGUUGUUAUGGAAUGAGAAUAUUUAUUUAGAGCAUAAGACAAGUUUACCUAUAUGGGAUGAUGCAAUUGUUCAUAGAUCUGUUGACAAAGAAAUAUCACUGUUUCAACUGAAGUUUUUGAAAGAUUUUGGAACUGAACCUCCUCCACUUCAAAGACAUAAGGAGGAGAAAUACAUAGUUGUGCAGUUCUCUAAACCAUUUCAGUACAGUACUUCUAAUUGGGGCAAUCAAACAUGUCAAAUCAAUAUAAGUCAUAUUCAUCGUGCACAACCAAUCUAUGCAGAAAACACAAAAGUUUCAAUAGAAACUACAUCCAUUCCACAGAGAACUACAUCAAAUGCAUUCCUGUAUACAUUGAAAAAUUCACAAAAAAAAGCAACCAUUGAAAUCAAAUCUCAUAUCAAUCAUUCCUUAUUAUACACUGCUGCUUGUUUAAACGGACUAACGUUUACACAAUCCAUACCCAAUGAAUUUAAUGAUAAAACCAAUAACCCAAGUGAUGGAAAAUAUUCCACUGAACAGAUCGGUCGACUGUAUCCAGAAAUACAAGUAUCUACUCAAAGAUUGCAAACAAACUGUGAUUUGAACUCAACUUGGAGAGUGACUAUCACAGGCUCAACUACUACACAUAAAUCAACAUAUAUUCAUUUGAAAUUAUAUACUGAAUCAUUGAAAUCAUUAUCAAAUUUAAAGAAAACUAAUAGUUUGAUCCCAAUAGAUCCACAACAUAUUUUAUAUGAAAAAGAUUUAAUUCUAUUAAAUGAUCAAUUUGAUUUCAUUACAAACUAUUCUAAUAAAAAGAAAGAAAUAUCAUUUCAAAUUCAAUUGAAUAUUGAAUAUAUUCAAUUUCCAAUUGUAUCUACUCCUUUAUUUCAAUCAGUAUUAUUAAUAAUUCAUAUUAAAGAUUGUUUUACUGAUUAUUUAUUAAGUACAUUACUGAAUGCACAAAACAAUAUUCCAUUGUCAAAAUCCAUAAAUACUUAUCAGAAUAAUACGAUUAUGUUAAAAGAAUCUUUACCAAAUCAUAUAGACUCAUUAAGUGCUGAUAAAAUGCAUUUACCAUUUGUGAUUACAUGUUUAAUUAUUGGUCUUUCUUAUAUUAUACUUUUAACUAUAUAUACCAUUUUAAAAAUAUGUCAAGGAUCUAAUAAAUUCCAUACAAACAAUAUAAUUCCUAGUUCAACAAGUUAUAGCUCAAAUAAUGAAGCACAACAAAAACGUUAUUCAUCAUUUUCAGCUUAUUCUACAACUUUAUUAAAUAAUUAUCAUAGGACAAGUUCACAAUCUCAAUUAACUCGUUUAACAUGUCCUCAAAAAGUUUGUAUUAUGAUCUAUUUAUGUUUUCGGGUAUUUUAUACUUUUCUGUUCACUAUCAGUGUUGGAUUAUCAUUUAUUUUAAGUAUUGAAACUGAUGCUACUGUGGAGUUUACUUCAGCAGUACAUAAUAAUCAUUUUAUUACAAUGAAUUCAUUUAAUAAUUAUAAUGGAAAUAUUGGUAGUAGAUUAAUUCUGCCAUCAGUGAUGAAUACAAUGACAUUGACAACGGAUAUAGGCAACAGAUGGCGUGGAGCUAAAGUAUGGGUAUUAGAAGCUGCUAGAAUGGAGGAUUUUUCUCAAACUGAAUUAUUAAGACAGACUCAAAAAGGGACAAGCCAAAUCUCAGACUGUGGUAAACAUUAUGAAGAUCAUAGUAAGCAUUUGUCUAGAUAUAUGAUGUAUAUUGGUAAGAAACUAAUCAGCUGGUUUAGCCAAACAAGUACCAACAAUGACGUUUUUAAUCAUAAUGAUAUAAACGAAAAUUCAAUGAAUUAUCAUUCCGACAACAAAAUUUCAUAUGAAGAUUCUAUCAGUCAAAUUGAACAUGAAAUGUACAAUAUUAAUAGUAAUAAUAAAUCUACACUCCAAUGGACAUCGAAUGGUGUAAAUAUUCAAAUACCUACUAUAGAACAAGAAACAUGGAAUCAUUUGGAACGUACCAGUUGGUUACCUUAUUUAGAUACAGUUGAUGAUUAUCUAAGAAAGACAAGAGAUGAUCUGGAUACGAAAGUUAUUGACUACUGGGCACCAUAUGAUCAACUUUUAGCUAAUCUUCUUACAAAUCCAUGGCUUGCACCAGCAUAUAGGGCAUUAAAUACAUCAUGGUUACAAGAGAGGCGUAUAUCAUUCAUGGAUCGAACGUAUUUUGGUUUAGUAUCAAGUGAUUUUUACUCGGAAGAUGAAAACCAAUCGUCAAACGAUUUAACCGCUUUAAAUGGUGCCAGAGAAACACAAUCUUUAAUGCUAGCAAAUUUUAUUGGUGUUCCACAACCUGCACAUGCUCGUUUGGCUGGUACAAGAAUUUGGAAUAGUUUUCGUAAUCUAGUUCCAGGUUUGCCGAGCAAAUUCUAUUAUAAAUUAGAACCAAGUUCAUUAUCGUCAUCCUAUUCAUCAUCAGUUCUAAAUAAAGAUGAUGAAUUUCGAAGAAAGCCAAAAUUGUAUCAUGAUCAUCGACAAAUGUUAUCCAGUGAAGAUUGGUACCAUAUUCCAAGUGGACAGUUGGAUUUAGAUGAAAAAUUGAAUGUUGACUCAUUUACUGAUUUAAAUGCACAAUUCUAUCCGUUUGCAACAACUGUUACGAAACGAAAUGGAAAUCCUUCAACAAUUGAUUCAAAUUCUUAUUUUUUAACAUUGACACAAGUUCGAUUAUUGUUAUUGUUAUUAGAUGCCAUUAUUAUAUUGUCUAGAUGUUUUCAAACAUUUGAAUUUAUGCAUAAUAUUUGGUUUGGUGAUAUAAAAUUAAUUAAUGCCAAUCAUUUAAUUCAUGAUCUAAAUGAUACUUCACAAAUAAUGAUUGAUUCAUUUGAUCAUUCUAUGCAUCAUCAUUCACAACAAACACAACAAAUACAUAGUACUUAUAAUUCGAAUUAUCAUUAUCAACCUCAACUUCAAAUAAGAUCACCUAGACAUAUACAAUUAUCUAUAGGAUCUACACCAUUCUUACAUCCUGCAUCAUGCUCAUCAAAUUUACAUGAAUCAAAUCAUCAUUCAAUCUCUAAUGAGUUCCCCACAUCAAUCGGCACAAAUCACAAUGAAGCAGUGAUUGCCAACCAACCUAUUCGUGUAAGUGAAUAUGAAAGAAAAUCUUCUACAGGGAUUAAAAUAACUCAAAACAAUCCACCAACACUGAAUUUUGAUAAUGGAACUGGACGUUUUACAGCUUGCUACUGUUGUCUUGAUGCUCAUUAUUUGCUAGUGAUAACUGGUAUUGGCUUAUUAUUUAUUGGACUAGUUUUAAUUUGGGCUACUGAUAGACAUGUUCGACCAGGAUGGCUUUUAGCAAAGACCGGUGUAUUAGCUCGAUCACGUGCACUUGAAGACUGUAGACAAAGAACAAAUGCUAUCUUGAAAACCAUUCAACCGAAUCAUAUAAAUAAGGAUUUGAUAAGAUCUGCUAAAAUUAACGCAGCUAAAGAAGCUUAUUGGAUCAAUCAAUUGACUAAUAGACUAGAGCAUGUACAAACACAGAUACAAUUACAGUUUAUCACAGAAUUAUGUUUACUGCAAAAAGGAUUGGUAAAUCAUUAUUAUGUCUUAGAUCAACAUGCUGUGAGAAUCCAUGUACCAGAGAUAACGGAUACAAAUUCAACAUUUUCAGCUUGUGAACUAAUUGGUCCUAAUUUUCAGUUGACUGAACAAGCAUUAUUGAUUUUGUCUAACUGGAAGUUGGAUCCGCUAACAAAUAAACAAAUUAAACAUACACUAAAAACUCCAGUAUGUCAUUUCUCCCCAGUUGUUCCUGCUACUUAUGCUGAAAGUCAUCUAUCACGUUUAUUAAGAAUGACUAGUUUAAACGAACAAUCCCAUCAAAUGAGCACUAAAAAAACUAAUGAACAAAUUACCUCAAAUAAUAAUCAAACAGAAUCAAACAGUCAAGUUGAUGGAAAUCAAUUAGAUUUCAACUAUGAACAACUUACUACAUCAAUUGGAAGUUUGUCAACUUUAAUUAAUGCUAUUUAUCGUUUAUUAUUAACUAGUUUAACAGUAAUGAUGGCUAUGGGUGGAUUAUUAGUCUGUUUGCAUAUGAUUUCAAUAUUGGGACGUAUAAUAAUACGAAUUCCAGUACGUAAGAUUUAUUACACCACCAUCUACCCUCCUUGUACAUCUGUGAAUAAUCCAUCUUGUUCACCUACUGUUUGCCAAUCACGCAGUCAACAUUCAUGA